AUGAGAGGAUUCUCGCGCUUUUUUUAUGCAUUUGACAAAAACAUCUGGAAGAACCAGAACCAGAACCACACGGAAAACAGAACCGCACCGAAAACAGAACCGCACGGAAAACAGAACCGCACGGAAAGCAGAACCGCACGGAAAGCAGAACCGCACGGAAAACAGAACCGCACGGAAAACAGAACCGCACGGAAAACAGAGCCGUACGGAAAACAGAACCGCACGGAAAACAGAACCGCACGGAAAACAGAGCCGCACGGAAAACAGAGCCGUACGGAAAACAGAACCACACGGAAAACAGAACCGCACGGAAAACAGAACCGCACCGACAACAGAACCGCACGGAAAACAAAACCGCACGGAAAACAAAACCACACGGAAAACAGAACCGCACCGACAACAGAACCGCACGGAAAACAAAACCGCACGGAAAACAAAACCACACGGAAAACAGAACCGCACGGUAAACAGAACCGCACGGAAAACAGAACCGCACGGAAAACAAAACCGCACGGAAAACAAAACCACACGGAAAACAGAACCGCACCGACAACAGAACCGCACGGAAAACAAAACCGCACGGAAAACAAAACCACACGGAAAACAGAACCGCACGGUAAACAGAACCGCACGGAAAACAGAACCGCACGGAAAACAAAACCGCACGGAAAACAGAACCGCACGGAACAGAGAACCUCACGGAAAACAGAACCACACGGAAAACAGAACCGCACGGAAAACAGAACCGCACGGAAAAGAGAACCUCACGGAAAACAGAACCACACGGAAAACAGAACCGCACGGAAAACAGAAUCGCACGGAAAACAGAACCGCACCGAAAACAGAACCGCACGGAAAACAGAACCGCACGGAAAGCAGAACCGCACGGAAAGCAGAACCGCACGGAAAACAGAACCGCACGGAAAGCAGAACCGCACGGAAAACAGAACCGCACGGAAAACAGAACCGCACGGAAAACAGAGCCGUACGGAAAACAGAACCGCACGGAAAACAGAACCGCACGGAAAACAGAGCCGCACGGAAAACAGAGCCGUACGGAAAACAGAACCACACGGAAAACAGAACCGCACGGAAAACAGAACCGCACCGACAACAGAACCGCACGGAAAACAGAACCGCACGGAAAACAGAACCGCACCGACAACAGAACCGCACGGAAAACAGAACCGCACGAAAAACAGAACCGCACGGACAACAGAACCGCACCGACAACAGAACCGCACGGAAAUCGCACGGAAAUUAUUUGAAAACAAAUCUCCGGCUAAUCGAAUCCAGCGUUUUAGAUGA